AUGGCACACUCAGACUCGGAUCUUUCCUCACUUUCAUCAGCUCCACCGACUGAUGACGAAGCAGCCAUGGCCAUCGACGAGCCACUUGGUAUUGCAAAGUACUUCAAGAAGGAGUCGGAGACUCCGCCGCCAAAGCGGGAACCAUCACCGCCGCAUGAAUACGUUCUGGCUGAUAACCCGAACAUCGCGUUCAUCGUCACGUUCCGCGCGCGUUUCCACGAAGCUUUCCCUCGAAGCCUGCCACACUUCGGACCGCAAGACAUUGAGAAAGGAGUUGAGGACUUGGUCCCUGGAGAAUACAUUGAGCGCCUACUAUGCGCGCUGCUAGGACUUGUUUUGAAUCGCAAGAAGGAUGUUGAGUAUGGUCGCCACCCAAUACCCGGUCCCCCGCGACGAAAUCACUAUACGCGACCGCUAGAGGAGGCGAUUCAAGUUCAUCAAUCGCAGUGGCCAAAGGCAUGGGAGGGCAAGAACCCUCUGCAUGGUGGUCGCACUUUUGCGACCAUGUCGCCCGCAGAACGGCUCGAACUCCUACGCGCUUUGAUCCUCUGGUCCCUCUCGUCAUCCGAUGCAAUUCAGGCAAAGAUCAAGGAAUCGUAUAAGCAGUCGCGCCAUGAUGAUGACUUGAACCAGCCCCUAUCCGUUCAGCCCUGGGGUAAGGAUAGCCUGAAACGUCGAUAUUGGCUUAUCGAAGGUCAAGAUGAUACGCACUUCCGGUUAUACCGUGAGAGCAACCCUGCUCUCAAGACCAUUACCUGGUGGAGUGUUGCUGGUGAUAUUCCAGAAAUACAGGCUAUCGCCGGUAAAUUGCAGGAGGAGAAGGGUACGAAUUCGAAGAAACUUAGCGAACGGAUCAGAGCCGCCAUCCCUCGGUUUGAAGCUUCAGAAGAGAAGCGCAAGCGUCGCGACUACCGUCUUGCACGCAAGGCUGCAUUUGCUCGCCCGGAGCCCGGCUUCUCCUUGUAUGAGGGCCGCACCCGUGGCAAGAAGCUGAAAUACACCUACGACGAUGACGAGGACUUCUUCUCAGAUGACCAGCCCGCUAGACGAUCAGCCCGGAAUUCAUCCGGCGUGACACCGGCUGAACCCUCGCGUCCUCGAUUCACUGCAAGUGGCCGCCAAGUUAGGUCUCGGGCAGGCGGCGCAUACGGUGAAUCAUUGCUCAGUGGCCAGCGGGAAGAUUCCGAAUAUGAGGAAGAAGAUGGUUCAAGACCGCAACGGAACCGGACAUCAACUCAUCCCAACGGCUACUCUGGUUAUGGUCUCGAUGAGGACGAUGAGUCCGAAGCUCGCUCCAAUGACAGUGGGAAUGAAUGGGACGGUGGGGAUGAGGAUGAAAAUGAUUUUGAGGGCGAUGACGAAGGGGAUGAUGCGAGUGGCGAUGAAUCUAUCAUCAACGGGGAGCCCAGAAGUCUCGUGGUUCAGCUUCGAUACGGUAAGGGCGGUGCGCCCGGUGGGCCCAAAGAUCCUGACGAGCCUCCUCCAAAGGAUGCUUCGAUGGAAGAUGCUGGACAAGCUGGCGUGCCUAAUGAAGCGUACGUUCCUAAAGACACACCGCAGCCACCCCCGGCAACAGGGCCUGCAGCAGCUCCAUCUGCGACCGCAUCGGCUUUCGCCUCGGCUCCAGCACCUCAGGUUCCUACCCAGCCAGCAGUUCCAAAGGUGACUGGAUUACCAAUGUCUGCACUCUUGAACACCCCCGAGCCCGCUGUUCAGGUAUCGACCGACGUGUCUCACCCUGUCUCCGCGCCAUCAGAAGCACCGAGAACUAACCAGCCGGUCUCGUUAAACGGCUGGAAUGGGUCUCAUCAGGGUACUGAGAAUCGACCCAGCUCCGAGCUGCCUCGUGCGCAGGCGCCACCGCCACCGACAGGCUGA